CCAUCUUUGUUUUUGGGAGUAUGUAGUUAACAAUCAGUGCUGUUUGCCACUGUCAAAGAAGAUGUGAAAGGCCCAUCUUGACCUAGAAACUCUUGAAAUGGCGGACUUCUUGAAAGGACUGCCAGUCUACAAUGAGAGCAAUUUCAGCCGGUUUCACGCAGACUCCGUUUGCAAAGCUUCGAAUAGAAGACCGUCUGUAUACCUGCCAACACGAGAGUAUCCGUCGGAACAGAUCAUUGUGACAGAGAAGACCAACAUUUUGCUUCGAUACCUCCAUCAGCAAUGGGACAAAAAGAAUGCAGCAAAGAAACGAGAUCAAGAGCAAGUGGACAUUGAAGGCGAGAGCUCGGCACCGCCACGCAAAAUCGCCCGCACAGACAGCCAGGAUAUGAUCGAAGACACCUAGUGGUCUGAUCCCCAGACGCAAGUGCUUCCCUUUUCAUCAUGUCAUGUCUUACCGUCUCUCCACCAUGCAGCCCUUCAUUUGUAUAUCAUAGGAGCACCUUUAUUUAUUUACAUAUAAUUUAUGGCCUGGGGGAAGGGGGGGGGGGGGGGGCAGGGAGGCAAGCAGAACAAAUGGAAGCCCGAUACAGAUCCACAGGGAAUGAGUGAUCAAAUAAGCGCUCCUGUUUUUGCCAGGGUCGGGGAGGGGAGGGAUCUGUAUCGGAGACUGGAUGGAUGGGUGCAGUGCAAACUCUUUGGUGAAACAUUGUCGGAGUGAGAGCUUGCAGGAAUGGCAAUAGUCUUCACUGCAAUGCAUGUCUUCACCAACUUGUAGUGUCCACAGCAUCUAAAUUAUCAUCUCCCCUGGUUUAAACCCCCCCCGAUAGGAUUGAGACAGCACACUUUGCCACUGAGGUGCUUGUCCCGAUCGUAAGAUGGAAGCAAUCAAGUGUGCUUCUCUAGUCCCACAUUUCUUGAAACAUUUUUGUCUUCAUCGUACUAGAGGACCCUACAGUAGUUGCUUUUAGUCGUUCUGUUCAGUUUCCAAGUGACCAUUUCCUCGCCCCAUCAGAAUCCAAGAGAAGUGGACACUAACCGAGCUGCCCCGCCCCAGACCAACCUCCGCUCUCGUCAACGCUGCAACCAAUAAACCCUUUGGCAAUUUGCAGCGUUGCUGUGUGUGUGUGUGUGUGCGUUGGGCCUGUACACAUCCUUCACCUCCUACACAUGAUAACCUUGGAAGUUAGAAACAAUUCACUGGUCUUGCGGGACAUUCAGUUUUAUGCUUUAGUUUGAGAAAGGGAAGCCAUUUUGUAUAGGUUUUUUUUUUAACAAGAAUAAUUGUUUUUGAAGUCCAAAGAGUUAACGUCAGGCAUGCUGGCAAAUCACUGGUUCUAAAUCUUUGUGUGGAGGGAUUGUUCCACGGAUCCUCAGUGGGACACGAUGGCAUCAGUGUCCAAUGCAUUUGUAUUACAUUCAUUUUUUUUUUCCACACAAUUUUUAAACAUGGGCAUUGACUUUUUAAAUGCCAAACUGGAGAGAGCUUGAGACUGUUAAGUUGUUCCUAUGUUGAUAUCGCACCUGCUACAACUUUUUGUUUGUCGUGCAGUUAACUUUUACUAAGUAUAUUUUAUGAGUAAGCUUGACAACUGGCAGGGGAAAAAAAAAAAAAGAAAUCUUCCGCGUGCUGCGCCUUCAAUGAAACUUAGCUUCAAAGAUCUGUUUCUGCUCGAUUCGUGAACCGGUUUUGCUCCACCUGCAGCCUUAGCUUCGCCGAUGUGGGAAAUGCUUCCAAGACGGGGGAAGGAAGGGCAAGAGAUGUUCUCAAUUUUGUUGCUGGUCAGAAUAUGUAUGUUGUAACGAGUCCAGAAGUGGGCGGACAUGUUCAAAACUAAAUCUGAGGCACAGGCUUGCCAAGUUUGCUUCUGCCCCAUGCACGGGCCAUUGUGGCCGAAUAUUAUUCUGCUUCUAAUUCAAGAGCUGCUUCUCCAGUGCUGCUGCUUUCUCUACACUUCACCUACUCACUCACUCCCUCCCGACCAGAACAUUGGGCUAUGGGGAUGCCAGGGCCCUGUUUUAGAUUUGUUAAACGUUGUUCUAUACUGCAGU